AUGGGUCAUUCGGUGUCUCCAGUCUUGGUUCUUCCACCGACUUUUGAGCAGCAUCACAAUGGGUUUGGAGUUCAAUGUGUGCACCCAAGGCUUUCAUGGAGGUUUUCAUGCUCGAAAGAGCAAAUACGCAAUUGGAAACAGACUGCAUACGAUAUCGCAAUUUCCUCCAAUAGCACAGAGCCUGGCCAAGUCUUUCACGUAGAGAGCGAAGACAACGUUCUAGUACCGUGGCCGAACUCAGAGCCACUCAACUCACGAGCGCGCCGGUUUGUGCGCGUCAGGUGCUAUGGCAAAUACUCUCUAUUCGAUGGGCGCGAUAAUGAUUCCGACCAUGAGUCCGUGACCGAAUGGUCUGCAUCGUCUCUUUUGGAAAUUGCAUUGCUGAGAAACAGCGAUUGGAAGGGGAGUAUGAUCACAGUGUCGGAGCCGUGGCCUCUGGGUCCGGACCUUUCAGCCCGCCCCCUGUGCUUUCACAAGCGGUUUCAUCUUUCCCUAAAAGACGGGAUGAUUGACAGGGGCCGGCUAUAUGCCACGAGCUAUGGCGUGUACAGCGUGCGGAUCAAUGGCAGAAAAGUCGGCGACCACUGUUUGGCCCCGGGUUUCCAAAGCUACCAUAAGAGACUGCAUUACCAGAUUUACGAUAUUAAAGAUCUUUUGGUAACGCCUGGGUGGAACAAGAUCGAGAUAGACGUGGCCGCCGGCUGGUUUGCCUCUGCCACCAGUUGGGCCAGGAAACGAUUCACCUACGGCCAGAAACUCGGUGUCCUACUUCAGCUAGAGAUUUGGGCUGCAGACUCUUCCUUGCCGAUUUUGGUGAACACCGACGCGAGCUGGAGCGUCUCCAACACGCCUUUGGUUAGCAGUGAAAUACUGGAUGGUGAAAUCUUUGACCAAAGUCUGAGUGUGGGCUCAAAGCUGGACGACGCUUUCUCGGUCCGAGAGUCGCCUCUUGCAGUGAGCCGGCUCAUCUCUCCGGAAGCCCCGCCAGUAAGGGUGGUGGAGAGGCUGGAAGCAAAAGACAUAUUCAAGUCGCGGUCCGGAAGCGCUGUCAUUGUGGACUUUGGACAAAAUAUCGCCGGUCGUAUUUGCGUUAAACAAGUGCAGAAACCUGCUGGCUCUAGAAUCACGUUUCGCCAUGCCGAAGUCAUCCAAGACGGGGAGAUUAUGUGUCGUCCCUUGCGAACAGCAAAAGCCAGGGACAUUAUAAUAUGCGAUGGCCGAGAACUCCUUGACUGGCAUCCGCAACACACGUUCCACGGCUUUAGAUAUGUCGAGAUUGCGGGAUGGAGCCCUGAUGACAAGAACUGCCCUCUCACCAAAGCAUGCAUUGUCGCCGAGGUGAUGCAUACUGACAUGCUGCGUACGGGUUGGUUUUCAUGCUCCAACGAUGAUGUCAAUCGACUACAUGAGAAUGCUCUCUGUAGCAUCAAGAGCAACUUUUUGAGUGUGCCCACAGAGUGCCCAUCAAGAGAUGAGCGCUUUGGUUGGACGGGAGACCUGAACAUCAUUGCACCUACUGCCAACUUCUUGUAUGACACGGCUGGCAUGUUGGGAAACUGGUUGCAGGAUCUGUACCUCGAUCAGAUGGAGGGGACCGAAUACUGGCGCCAAGGCGUGGUGCCCUUGUUCAUUCCCAAUUUUUUACUAAGAAAUGGCGACGGGGGCCACGGGUGGGAUCCGAUGCCAAAUGGCGUUUGGGGUGACGCUGCAGUUAUGGUUCCCUGGGGCCUGUAUCGUAUGUCUUGUGAUGUUAGUUUCCUCUCGAGGCAGUAUGAUAGCAUGGUUAAGUACCUGGAAAAUGGCGUGACUCGAGGUCAGGAUGGACUCUGGGAUCCUGAGCAGUGGCAGUUUGGCGACUGGUUAGACCCAAGAGCGCCCCAGAACGAUUCCGGCAGAGGGACCACGGAUGGCACAUUUGUCGCCGAUUGUUUCCUCAUUGCUUCCACUCAGAUCGCUGGGAAGGUAGCCGCGAAGCUAGCCAAACCGGUUGACUCCUCUCGCUUCAGAGACGCUGCACUGCGCCUAGUUCAUGCGUGGCGGGACAAGUAUUUGACCGCGGCUGGUCUCGUGGUUCCAGAUACUGCAACGGCUCUUUCGCUCGCCUUGUCGUUUGAUCUUUUGCCAGAAUGUGGAGACAACUCAAUAAAGGCACAGGCGGCCGCUCGUCUGUUCCGACUGGUACGUCUUAAUGACUUUAAGCUUACCACAGGAUUUGUGGGCAGUGCAUUUCUUUCUCGGGCACUCACCCAGUCCGGUGGCGUCGAACUAGCCUACGCUAUGCUGUUCCAGAAGAAAUGUCCUUCGUAUCUGUAUCCCAUUACGAUGGGAGCCACCACGACGUGGGAGCGCUGGGACAGCAUGCUCCCUGAUGGGACUGUUAAUCCCGGUUCAAUGACAAGCUUCAAUCAUCAUGCUCUCGGGAGCAUCGCAAAUUGGAUGCACGCUGAUGUAGGCGGACUCGAGGCGAUUGAGCCCGGCUGGAAAGUAUUCAGAGUGAAGCCGCAGCCCAAUAAGGAGCUGAGCUGGGCGGAUACCGCAUUCGAAUCAAGGUACGGCCGGAUUGAGCUGAGAUGGACCUUAAAGGGAGACCUUUUCCGCAUGAGAUUACGGGUGCCUCCAAACUCUACCGCCGUCGUCAGCCUUCCCAGUGACGGCCGAGAAUCUGAGGUGGGGAAGCGGGAAGCUAAAGAGCAAAGAUUUGGGUCGGGAGAAUACGACUUAAGGUGUCAAUUUGUACAAACACAGUGGCCACCAAAGGCACUGCUUCCACCAUGGGGAAGAGCAGAGUUCUAG